CUUUUGGAGUUCCUGAUUCAGUCUGAAGUUAAUGUAGCUGUUCUACUUUUUGCUUUGCUGUUUCAAUUAUUUUCAAUCUCCUUCUUUGAAAGAAAACAUGAGGUGUGAACUUGUCUAUCAACUGAAAUUAACUAUUUGGAUAUGCUUAUCUUAUCAGAUAACUCUUAUUACAUCAGCUGGUAUAUCCAAUAUGGGUCGGACGUUUGUUUUGUCGCUUCCUAAGCUGAAGAGUUCAUCACUUGUCCUGGUAUUUAGUACAUUUGAAGCUGAGAAGCACAUUGUGUCAGUGACGUCAUCCUUGCAACCAAGCAGCUUCGAUGUUAAAGUUUCUACAGAGACAACGAGGCCUGGCGUGCUGCGACUAGAUCCUGACAGGCUAAACUUUUAUGAACGCACUACUGUUGGCGCUCGAGAGGUGAAUUCUGGGUUCUACCGCCUCACCUGCUUUGUGGCGUCCGGGAGCUUCAACUUCAGCACGAACGUCUACAUCUAUCAGAAUGAAACCUACCAACGUCUUUUUGCCUUGGGGGGCUUCAUGGCUCUGCCGAUCGAAUCAUGGGGGACAGAAUACCACAUCUUUACCUUGGCAUCUUACUCCUUUCUGCUGAUCAUUGCCAACGUGAACACCACAGUACAUGUAUCUCUUUGUGCCAAUGUUUUGGGCCAAACAAGCCAAAGUAUGUCUCGAAAUAAUUGUCAAACUUCAUCGCAUCGACUGAAAAGGUAUCAAACCUUGGCACUAAUGGAAUGUACAGAGACGACCUCCAACAAUACAAUGUCUUACACAGGCAGUGUUGUCAAGGGUGAUAAUCCCAUAGGUGCAUUAUCUGGAAACUGUGUCUCUGAUCAGGAUGAAUUAAGUUGUACAAGGAAAGAAAAUAUAAUGGACAUUUCUAUUGAUAUGUUACUACCCAUAUAUAUGUACGGGCAAGAGUUUUUUACAAUUUUUGCUCCCUGGCAAGCCUCCCCGUCGGAAGAGCGGCUCGUGGUGGUCACGUCCCAGAAUCAGACCUAUGUCUACGUCACGUUCGCAGAGGCGUCUCGUCAAAGAUAUCAGCUGACACAGGCUCACCAAAUUCACUACAUAGAUGUGCACAUGAAUAACUCGAUACGUAACGGGUUGAUCCUCAGUGACAAGCCGAUACACGUCAUGUAUUUUACAUCUCGGUGUAAAGAAGGGCCGCAUUUGAGCUCCGGUCAAUCAAUGGGUAUGCUGCUGCCCGUUCACCUGUUUUACAACAUGUACACCUUAUCAUUCAACUGGGACACUGGCAUAUAUCACUUUGUCGUCAUCGUCAUGUUACAAGAGAAAGAUUUUUACAAUCUAACUUGGUACGGCAUGCCCGGCCAACUGAAGAUCUUAGGCACAAGUAAAGUGAUUGGAAGAAAAGAGGCGGCCACCUUCUACACGAAGCUGGAGGAGGUCAACGAGACGUCCAUCACGUCCAGCGCCAAUUUCGGCUGCUACUACUAUGGGGUCAGCAGCCUGGGCUCUUACUUCCACGCCGCAGGGUUCCUGUACGACACGGACAAGACGCUGGACUGUAAGGCAUCCGCCCCACAAGAUGGAGACUGUGUUGAUAAUGACUGCGAUGGCACGAAGGAUGAAGAAGUGCCAAAUAAAAUUGACGAUGACGGCGAUGGACUUGUGGACGAGGAUACCUUCUUUGUCAGGAGUCACAUUCGAUUUUCUCCCGUGGCGAAUCAGACAGUCACAAUGAACCGCAACAAAGGGACUCUCGCUGCGGGGAAGACCUCCCCGAAACCAGAGGAGGUGCCGGCUGUCAGAGCGGGCACGCCUUCGUUUUGGUACGUGGUGAUGCUGAUCAUGUUCAUCGCCAUGGGACUCGCAGCCUUGACCUCCAUGUUUAUUGGGAAACCACCAAGUGUGACGCCCAUGACUCGUUUACCCCGAAAGGACGUCGAGUACAUGAUCCCGGAGGUUGUUCUCUUGGAUGAGACUUUCAUCAUGGCCAGACGGAAGCGCUCUGGUACCAGCGUGGAUGAAAAGGACCACUAUAUCCAUUACGUGAAAAUGCAGCCGAAGCGGCCAGAAGCCAAGACCAAGGGCAAAGCCAAACUCCAGUCCGUGUUGACGACGGUGGGUUUAUCCUUGGAGACUUCCGCGGCUUCUGGGAACAAAAGUUCCGAAAUCAUCAGCCAACACAGCGAGCGUUGAGCAAAGACAAUACGACUAAACUAAUCUCUGAUCUAUCUUUCGAACACUUAAACACGAUUUAGUAUUAGUGAUUGCUUAAAUUAUUUAUCCCCUCCAAUUAAAAAUUUCUGAUGCGGAUAAUUUUACAAAAAAACAAAAACAUAAACUAUCGUAGAAUCAUAGUUUUUUUGUUUGUUCUCUUAAAGUAGAAAAAAUUGUUGGCGUAUGUAAAUAAAUAAAUAAAUUUUAGCUUUUAUAUAGCGCUACUUUCAUGCUUAUAGAAUGCUCAGAGCGCUAUAUGUGGACAAGAAUGGGGGUAUAUAUGAAAAGGUUUUCCGUGCUGCCUUUAGGCGCUCAGUAAACACAACUCUGCUCGAGUCGGGUGUCGAACCUCAUAGGUAGCCAAGCUAAGCCAUGUUCAAGUGAACUUAACCUCUCGACCACGCUCCCCACUACGGAUAUAGAUAUGGAUAUAUUUCCUAUUUCACUGAUUGCUAUCAAAACAGCCUAAGUUAUUGUUCAUUUUUUUUAAAUUUUCGUAAAAAUCAGAAAUAAAG